AUGAAGCCUGCUAUAUACGAUCAAGUAGAUUCAGACUUGAUAACUGCUGCAUUUUCAGCCAUUAUGGGUUUACAUCUGCAAACGCAUGUUUCAAACUUUGAUGAAGUAGAGAAAGUUUCGUUGUUUGAUCAUCAUAAAACAACAUAUUCAUAUGGUCCAGUUGGUGGCACACUUGAUACUUCAACAGCGAACAAACGAUAUUUAUUAAUUAUUAAGACGUUAAAUAAUAUAACAUUUGACUGCGAUAUAGAGUCAGAUGCCAAGAUUGAAGACAUUAAAGCACGUAUUCAUGAAUUAAAAGGAAUAACAACUGAUCAACAACGCCUUAUAUUUGCCGGAAAACAGUUAGAAGACGGCACAACUAUGAAGGACUGUGGAAUAUCCCAUGAUUCUACACUUCAUCUCAUAAUAAAGGUACCUGCUAUCAAACCAGUUAUUUUGGAUGCUGCAACCUUAGAUCCGGUACAUAAUUUUGACUUUACAAAUAUCAAAGAUGAUCACGAAACAUUUAUACGUGGUGGUGAAAGAUAUAUUCGUCCGUGUGGAUUCAGACGAUAUGCUCUCAAAGUUUCUGGUAAAUAUAAUAAUUUAUCAUGGAUAGGUUGCGAACAUGGUAUAGGCGAAUGGCCUGUAUCAUAUCAUGCGACAGGUAAAUUUGAAAAUAAAACAAUGGCACAGAAUGGCUAUGCUUUAACACAAGGAAAACAAUAUUCAUUUACUAGUGGCGUCUAUUCAACUCCAGAUAUAAAUUUAGCAGAAAAAUACGCAAAAAACUUUACUUAUAACAAUGAACAAUAUAUAGUUGUCUUUCAAAAUCGUGUAAAUCCUCAAAAUUUACAUAAACUUCAAUCCGAUCGCUCAGGAACUGGAGAUUAUUGGGUUAGUCCAACUGACACAGACGUACGUCCAUAUGGCAUUUGCAUUCGAAAAGUCGAAAAUAAAGUUGGUCAUUGA